AUGGGGCCUGACAUCAAAAAAUCAAUCGAGAGGCCAACGGGAGAUGUCGAGUACAUCGAAACCGUACCCGAGUCAGCGACCUUAAAAAAACCGACUUUCCAAGAAAUCAGAGAAAGGCCAAAACUGGUAACCUACUGCCUUGGGCUCUCUGUUUCUUUCCUCCUACUAGGUUUUGAUUAUAGUGUGGUAUCAACUAUAUCUGCUAUGCCCCAAUUUCACAUCCUCACCGCGACAUCUGUAGCAGUAUGUUACAUAUCCGACGUUCCUGUCUCCCUCGACGGUAGAAGGGGCCUAUUUCUCUUUGGGAAACUUCUACAAGGGUUCGCUAUGGGACAUGUUGUGAGCACAAGCCAAACAUACAUAUCCGAGAACCUUCCGCCUGGGCUCCGUGGGCUUUUGUUCGCGCUGAAUCCGCUCUUUCAGCUUCUGGGACAACUACUAGGGGCAGUUGUAGUGCAAGCACUAUUAACUACCAAUGGUCCUCAAGCAUACAGGACUUGUUUUGCGACCCAAUGGCCGUUUUCAGUCAUACCUCUACUUCUAUCAGUGUUCAUGCCCGAAAGUCCACCUUGGCUUAUCAGGCAGCUGAGAGUAGAGGACGCACAACAGGCUUUCCACAGAGUCGGUUCAGCCGGCGUCGGAAAUUUGGAACAAGAAUUUCAGAGCCUAGUGCAAUUAGUAAUAGAAGAGCAUCGAAGAGCAGAACUCGAAAGUGACGUCCGCUAUAUUCAAUGCUUUCAAGGAGAGAAUCUUCGGAGGACCCUUAUUGUAGUAUUUGCCAGUUUAGUCCCCACCGCGUUCGGAUUGCCUUUACUCGCCUCCGUCAGCUAUUUUUUCCCAAUAUUGGGCAUGGCAGUGUCUACUUCACUUACACUUCUCAUUAUUGGAGUCGUUCUGGGUAUAGUAGCUAACAUUGUUAGCUUCUGGACGCUAGUAAGAUUCGGACGGAGGAGUCUAAUGAUUUAUUCGCUGGGAGCCAGUUCUAUCGUAUGGCUUGCGAGUGGAGUUGCAGGCAUCUUCAGCGGAAGAAUCCCUAUCUGGCAUGUAAAACUAUACUUUUCCUCACACGGCAAGCCUCAGGCGGUUAACAGUUUCAUUAUGCUAGGUUUAUCGCAGGAUCAAUGA